AUGGCAAACUCCUCUGCAAUUGCAUCCCGACCAACAGGGACCCGAAAGAAGUUGGACUCACUUUAUGUUAUCUUUCUCUCCGCGGUUGCUUUCUUCCCAUUGAUCCUGGACUUCGUCCCGUUUUACCCAGCCGGACUGCCAUCAUGGGUCAAGAUUCCUUACGAGUUCUACAGCGUCCAAUACAAUGAUCCCCUAUUUGCCAAGCACCCGCCCUUUUUCCAACUAUAUGUUUUCGUUGAGGCAUUUUACCUUGUUCCAAUGGCCAUCUAUGGCAUUGUAGGCCUCAUUAAAGGUACAUAUUUUUUCAGGUCUGUAUCUUCAAAUCCAUGUUGA